AUGGUGGUGGCAAAGAAGGCGGCGUACGAGCAAAACCGGCAGAAGAGGCUGGAAGAGAACAAGAAGAGAAUGGAACAACUCAAUCUCAACAAGCUCGCUCAAGCUCUCCAUACCCCCAAAUCCUCCCCUAUGAAGAAGGUGAAGCCAAAGGUACCCAAACAGCCAUUAGAUCCCUCUUCUGUGAGAAGAUCAAGCCGAGUAGCAGACAAGCCUCCCCCUAAUUACAAAGAAGUUGGAGUUGAACCAUUGGGGUUGCCAAGGAGGAGCUAUCAAAGAAGGGAUUUGCUAAAUCGAGUCUAUGCCUCAGAUGAACAUCGACAAUAUGCUAUUGAAAGAGCAGAGCAACUACAAUCAAGUUUAGAUCAAGAUAUUCCUAAUUUUAUCAAGCCUAUGCUUCAAUCACACGUCACUGGUGGAUUUUGGCUUGGUCUUCCACUGAGCUUUUGCAAAACUCACCUUCCAACUCGUGAUGAAACUAUCAUUCUAGUGGAUGAAGAGGGCAACGAACAUCCCACAAAGUAUCUUGCUCAGAAAGCAGGACUUAGUGGUGGAUGGAGAGGUUUUGCAAUUGACCAUGAGUUAGUCGAUGGGGAUGCACUGGUUUUCCAGUUAGUUUCUCCUACGACAUUUAAGGUUUACAUUAUAAGGGUCAAUGAAACUGGAGAUGGUGACAGCUGA